CCACGUUAUUCAGACGUCGGUCACAGACCGGUAGACCACGAGAAAAAUCCCAUCGAAGAGCGAACGGUUCCCUCUCAAAUGGUGGGUUCCAGACUACUUCCAGUGACCAAUAGCGCGCGUGCACAAAUGGCUUCCGCCACCACCUUCUCCGCCCCGGCAAACGCGCCUCGCCGCCGCUCGCCGCCGCCGCCGCCGCAUCUCCCAAGAUUCCACGCCUUCUCCCGCAACCUGCGGCCGGCGCCCGCGGCGGUGACCUCAAAAAUGGAGCCGGCUCCGGCCAUCACCGACCGCCAGGGGACCGCCGGUGGCCCUCCGGAGGUGGCCGGGGCGGUACCGAAGCUCCUGGACGAGUCGGAGAUCGAGCCGCGCGGCGUGAGGGAUUACAUCGAUUGGUCCAGGGAUCUGGUCCGGCCGGACGGCGGCCCACCACGGUGGUUCUCGCCGCUUGAGUGUGGUUCUCGUGAGAAGGGCUCUCCUUUGCUGCUCUUCUUGCCCGGAAUUGAUGGAGUUGGGCUUGGACUAAUUCGGCAUCACCAGAGAUUGGGGAAGGUAUUUGAUAUCUGGUGCCUGCAUAUUCCAGUAAUGGAUCGGACGCCAUUCGAAGGCCUGGUUGAUUUUGUAGAAAGGACAGUCAAAUCAGAAAAAUCUUGCUCACCAAACAAGCCAAUAUAUCUUGUUGGUGAAUCAAUUGGUGCAUGCAUUGCUCUUGCAGUUGCAGCACGCAACCCCAAUAUUGAUUUGAUAUUGAUAUUGGCUAACCCAGCAACAUCUUUCUGCAAGUCUCAGCUGCAUUCUCUCUCAGUUUUCCUGGAUGUUGUGCCUGAACCACUCCAUAUAAACAUUCCAUAUUUCCUUAAUUUUAUUACAGGCAAUCACAUGAGGAUGUCAUCAACUUAUGCAAAAAGUGUGCUUUCUCUUCAGAAAGCCGCUUGGGGACUAUCAGAGAGCCUUGCUGAUAUUCCGCCUUGUCUUUCUUUUUUGGUUAAUAUAUUACCAAAAGAAUCUCUUCUGUGGAAAUUGAAGAUGCUAAGAUCAGCAUCGUUUUAUGUCAAUUCUCGUCUCCAUGCUGUCAAAGCUCAGGCGCUGAUACUUGCCAGUGGAAGGGAUCAAUUGUUUCCCAGCCGUGAAGAAGCUGAAAGACUUUGUAGUGCACUGCCAAAUUGCAGAAUCCGUCAUUUUAAGGAUGGUGGUCACAACAUUUUCCUGGAAGGUGGCAUCGAUUUGUUGACCACAAUAAGGGGUGCUGGUUAUUUCCGCCGUUCAAGCCAGUUAGACUAUGUGUCAGAUUAUUUAUUGCUUACUCCUGAUGAGUUCCAAAAGGCAACAGAACAGUACAGAUGGAUUGACCUUGCUAUGAGCCCGGUCAUGCUGUCAACUUUAGAGGAUGGCAGAGUAGUAAAGGGCCUUGCAGGGAUUCCUUUGGAGGGACCUGCUGUGCUUAUUGGGUACCAUAUGCUGAUGGGUUUAGAAUUGGGUCCUCUGUUCACAAGGCUCUUUCUUGAAAGGAAAAUCCAUCUUCGAGGCAUUGCUCAUCCAUUUAUGUUUGAUAGGGCUUCAGAAUUGCUUAUGCCAGAUUCAUCAUCAUUUGAUAGUCAUAGACUUUUGGGUGCUGUUCCUGCCUCGGCGGCCAAUUUCUAUAAGCUUCUGUCAAGGAAGUCAUUUGUUUUACUGUACCCUGGGGGUGCACGUGAAGCUCUUCAUAAAAAGGGUGAGCACUACAAAUUGUUUUGGCCUGAAGAACCAGAGUUUGUCAGGAUGGCAUCAAGGUUUGAGGCCACAAUAAUACCAUUUGGUGUUGUUGGAGAAGAUGAUAUAUCUGAAAUGCUGCUUGAUUAUGACGAUCUUGUUAAUCUUCCAUUUUAUGACAUUCUGGACAAGAGGAUUAAUCAAGAUGCUGUGAGGUUGAGGACUGAAUCGACUGGAGAGGUUCGGAAUCAAGCACUUUAUCUCCCAAUUUUGUUGCCUAAGAUUCCCGGAAGAUUAUAUUUCCUUUUUGGAAGGCCAAUUGAAAUGAGAGGGAGGAGAGAAGAGCUGAAAGACAAAUAUAAAGCCCAACAGCUUUACAUGCAUGUCAAGUCCGAGGUCAAGAACUGUAUUACCUAUCUAAAGGAGAAGAGAGAGAAAGACCCCUACAGGAAUAUAUUGCCAAGGCUUCUCUACCAGCUUGCUAAUGGUUAUACAGCAGAAGUUCCUACAUUUGAACUCUGAACACCAACCAGUCUAGAGGUGAUGUUCAUCUUAUUCUUUAUUUAUGCUUUUAGUGCCAUUUUUGGCCAAAAAUCUUGGGGCAUUUUGGCACUAAUUCUGGUGAAACUUGUGGUGUAAUUUGACUCAUUUGAACUAUGUAAUUUGAUUAAAUUUCUCAUCUGCUUUAUUCAAGUCUUUUUCUUUAUUUUUUA